AUGAAAUAAUAAUUUUUAAAAUUAAAUCUAGAGCCUUCAUAAUAGGAGCCAUCCUGCGUCACUUUAGAAAACUGGAUUGAUUAAUUAUAAAACCCAGAUUUUAGAAUAAAUUUAAAUUAAUGCUAAGAAGAGAAUGAGAUGAUUAACCUAUUCCCAAUAGUUGGUUAUGGAAUAUAGGUAAGGAUUCAUAAAAUCGAUAACUAAAAUGCCUUCAAAAUAAAAAUUUUAGCAAUUUCAAAAGUAGAGAAAAUUAUAGACUUAUCAACCUUAAAUUAACCAUCAAGAGACAAGCCAAAUUUUAUUUUGCCAUUAUUAAAAAAAAAAGAAUAAAAUCAUGACCUUUUGAAAUGCGAACUAUUUCAAAGAAAAAUUUCAUACUUAUUGACAAAAAACAAUCAAAUAUUUAUAGAAAAUUCAUAUUUACUUGUAAUGCAAAGUACACUAAAAUAUUUAAUAACGAUUUAUGAAUAAUCAGGAUGGUAGGAUGAAAUUAUGGAAGAAAUAUUUGAAGUUUGUUAGCAAGUAUUUUUAGAAUCAAAAUUAUAUAAUAGUUAAAUUAAGAGUAGUGAUUUUAAAGCAUCAUAAUUUAAAUUGUUGAAUGUUUUUUGUUUGUUUAAAAAAUAAAAAAUUAAUGAAGAAGAGAUAUAUUAGUAUUUUAUAAAGCCUAAAUUAGAAAGUAAAGCUUUUUAUUAAUAUGAUUUGAAUGAUUAAGAGUAAAAUGGUUUGGGAGCAUUUUUUGAUUGUUUAGAAAUCAGAGAUGAUCAAAUAAGUUUUGAAAAUAUAUAAUCAGAUAUUGAACAUUAUUUAGAUGAAAACAAUUAUUUUUAUCUAAGAAUUUUUUAUGGAAAACAUUUGAGUAAAUUAAUUAAAUAUUUUCUAACUAAAUAAACAAUAAAGGAUAAAUUAAAAAAAGAGUUGUUUUUUAAAGUUAAAGAAGGUUCAGAAGAGAUUAAAUAAUUAAUAUCAUUAGGAAAAAUUAAUGAAUAGGAAGUAAAUAAAUUAAAUGAAUCAAAAACCUUAAUAGUAAAUUUCGUACAAUCAACAAUUCAUAAAAAUUUAUUGAAUAGACUAAUAAAAUAUAGUUAUAAUUAAGAAAACAUAUAAAAAUUUUUUGAGUCUUUAAACGAAGCAAUAUAAAAGGAUAAUUACUAUGCUUUUCUAUAAAGAAAUGUAAAGUAUGAUGAUUUAGUCUAAUCCUAUCAUUUGAAUAAUUUAUUAAAUCCAAAAAAUGGUUCAUAUGCAGAUGGUUUAUAUUAAUUGGCUAUAUAUAUUGAAGGAAAAAUAUUAAAAUAAAUUUCUAUAUUGUAAUUAAAAAAAAAAGAUUAUGAAGAUUUUGAAAUUUUUAAAUAAAAUUAAGUGAUUCAAGAAAAAAGAUAGAUGAUACAGGUAUAUUUGAAAAUUUUUGGAGUAACUGGAUAAAAUGCAGAAAGUAUGGAGAAAAAUGUAUUAGAAAGAGUCUCAGAAAUAUGUUGGAUAAAUUAUUCAGCUUCUAAGAUUAAUUUCUAAAAAGAGGAGGAAAUAAUUAAUUUUUAUUAAUUGGUAAAAUGUUUUCCUGAAAAAAAUUUUGACUUAGAUAUCUAUUAGAAAUAUUUAAAUGAUUAAGUAAGAUUUUGUUAUAAAAUAAAAUAACAAACAUCUAAUUUUAAAUAUUUUGAAAAAUUCGAAAAGUAAUAAUUAAUGAAUUUAUUACCAAGAGAUACAACUAAAGCUAAUUAUUUUAUGAAAAUCUUUUUAGUUUGGAAAAAUUAAAAAGAAUAGUAAUCUCAAAAAUGA